GGUUAUUUGGUACAAAAUGUGAUAAAUGCGGCAACUCAUUUAGUAAAAAUGACUUUGUGAUGCGCGCAAAAACGAAAAUCUUUCAUAUUGAAUGCUUUCGUUGUUCGGCGUGUGCGAGACAGCUGCUGCCAGGCGAUGAGUUUGCGUUGCGAGAUGGCGGCAUUUUAUAUUGUAAAGAAGAUCAUGAUGUUCUAGAGAAAUCCUCACAAAGUAGUCUAACGUCGUCAUCCAUAGAGAGCAACAACAAUAAUAGUAGUAGUAAUAAUAAUAACACGAGUCUUA